ACAUAAAUAUGGGCUCUGAGGUAAAUCUUUUCAGUUUUAUAGGACUGAAGAAGUAGUUGUAAACCGCAAGAUUUUUGGCGUCAUAGUGGCUAAGUAGUCAGAAGGUCUGAUGGCAUUCUUCGAGUACCUGAAUGCUUUCUAAAUAACUAUUACAAUUUCUUCCACUUAUCACUGUUCACUCACAAUGGUCAUUCUAUUAAAUGAGCAUGAAAAGUCAGGUGUUAUUGAAGGUGAAAGUAUUGCCCCAGGCACGGGAAUCGAUCUGGAAGUUGAGAGUGAAAGUUCUACAAUGGCUCCUGAGGCAGCUCUAUAUGAAACUUGUUAUGUAACGGCACAUAAGGCAGCCUGUCGUGCAGCAUCCUUUAAUAGCACAGGUCAGUUAGUUGCAACAGGAUCUCAUGAUUCUUCGAUCAAGAUACUUGAUGUUGAACGAAUGCUAGCCAAAAGUGUCUCACCAACUGACCAUUUAGGUCAAGAGACACCUCAACAACAAAUGGAGACUCAUCCAGUUAUACGAACACUUUAUGAUCAUACAGCUGAAGUUACAUGUGUAGAUUUCCAUCCAGAUCCAACGCUGCAAAUCCUUGUUAGCGGAAGUAAAGAUUAUACAAUCAAACUGUUUGACUUUUCAAAUCCAUCUGUUAAAAAAGCUCAACGAAAUAUUCCGGAAGCUUCCCCAAUACGAACUUUACAUUUUCAUCCAUCUGGUAACUUUUUACUUGUUGGCACUCAGCAUAAAACACUUCGUUUAUAUGAUGUACAAACCUGUCGUUGCUAUGUAUCCGCCGUUCCAGAAGACCAACAUCUUAGUGCAGUUAACAUGGUUCGGUGGUCACCGAAUGGAACUGCUUUUGUUACUGCUGGGAUGGAUGGCAGCUUCAAGAUUUGGGAUGGAGUUUCAUGUAGAUGUGUUAACACAUUUGAAGCUGCACAUGAUGGUGCACCUGUGUGUUCUGUAGUUUUUUCACGUAAUGGAAAAUAUAUCCUUAGUUCCGGUAAAGACAGUGCAGUUAAACUAUGGGAAUUAGCCACUGGACGAUGUCUUAUAACCUACACUGGAGCAGGUACAGUAGGACAUCAAACACACAGAUCAAUGGCUGUCUUUAAUCACACAGAAGAUUAUGUACUAUUCCCAGACGAAGCAACAAAAAGCCUGUGUUGUUGGGAUUCACGUAAUGCUGACAGACAGCGUUUAUUAGCCCUUAAUCAUAACGGGCCGAUCCGAUGUUUUGUACAUUCACCAACAACAGCGGCAUUUAUGUCCUGUAGUGAUGAUAAUCGUGCAAGAUUUUGGUAUAAACGUCCUAUAUCAGACUGAAAUUAUUGUAACCAUAACAUUGGACAGACUGCUUUAUUUUGUACAAACCACACUGUUUUAUUAUUAAUUGUUUAAAAAGAGAAAUAAAGCAUUGUUAAUUGUU